CUUCCACUGCAUCUUCGAAUUCUUCCACUAUAGACUUACUACUCAUACGCCCGCUUUUUACAAUUGUGUAGAGGCGAUUGGUGCCGAUCCUGCCGCAUAAUCCAACGCAUCAUGGCGGCGACACGGCGACAAGACUCACUACAAGAGGUGCCUCCACAGGCCAUUGACGAAGAAUCACCACUCCUGGGCAACGCAAACCAUCGCACUGAUGAUCAAGAUCACCUUGAAGCGCAAGCAGAGCAAGAGAGGCGAGAGUACGAGGCGGGCGCGGUCCCACUCGCAGACGAACCGUCCAAUGCCAAACUACUUCUCGUCAUGAGCACCCUAUGGUGUUGCAGCUUCUUUGCAGCAUUAGAUUCCACCGUGGUCGCGACCCUGACGGGCCCUAUCACUUCAACCUUCAAAUCUGGACAAUCAUUCUCGUGGAUCGCCUCGGGUUAUCUGAUCGCCAAUGCUGCAACGCAACCGCUGUCCGGCAAGUUGACCGACAUCUAUGGGCGUCGUGCAGGUCUCAUCUUCGCCGUGACCUUUUUCUCUAUUGGUACACUUAUCUGUGGAGUGGCUCCGACCGAUAAAAUCAUGAUCCUGGGUCGCGUUGUAGCGGGUGCCGGUGGUGGCUGCUUGAACACCAUAUCGGUUUUCGUAGCAUCCGAUCUCAUCCCGCUCCGAAAGCGUGGUUUGUGGCAAGGAAUCGGAAAUCUCGUGUACGGCGCUGGCAUGGGUUUAGGUGGUGUUUUUGGAGGUUUUGUCAACGACCAUCUUAAUUGGCGCUAUGCAUUCUACAUUCAAAUACCUUUUAUCGCUCUCGCAGGUAUUCUCGGCUGUGUCAUGAUCGAUAUACCCAUCAAGGAAACCGACGCCUCAAAGAUCAGACGAGUUGACUUCCUGGGUGCCAUUACUCUGGUCGCAAGUCUGGUCCUCCUCCUGCUCGGAUUGAACAGCGGUGGCAACAUCGUUCCCUGGAACCAUCCCUUGGUCUAUGUGUCGCUGCCACUAAGCCUCGUGCUGUUCCUUGCAUUCGUCUACAUUGAAGACCGAGUUGCUUCCGAGCCAAUCAUCCCGGUCAGGCUCCUUCUCAACCAGUCUGUUGCGGCGGCUUGCCUGACAAACUGGUUCAUGACCAUGUACGUGUUCGCCCUCAGCUACUAUGUCCCGAUCUUUUUCCGGGUUGUCAAAGGAGCAAGCACAACUCACGCGGGUCUCCUCUUCAUACCACAAGCCGUCGGAGUGUCCUUUGGGUCGCUCGGAGCUGGCAUUCUGAUGCGAUGGACCGGAAAAUACCGAGUGUUGCAUUAUGUGGUGCAUCUGCUAUCACUCGUGGCGACGUCACUCAUAUUGGGCACAUUCAACGCCCAUAUCGCCGAGGCCCCACCGUAUAUCUAUCUUCUUAUGGUCGGCACUGCGUAUGGAGCCAUGCUCACCAUCACGUUGCUGUCACUGAUCAGCGCCGUCGAUCACAAGUACCAGGCCGUGAUUACGUCGGCAUCCUACGCAUUCCGCUCGACCGGCUCCAGCAUCGGCGUUACCAUUGCCAGCGCAGUAUUCCAGAAUCUGCUAAAGGCUUUCCUCUUCGACAACUUCGGGGAUGAGCCGGACGCUGCCAAGCAAAUUCGCAAGAUCCGCAACUCGCCGGAUGCGAUCGACCACUUGCCGCUCGGAUGGAAGGUUCGAGUGAUCGACACUUAUGUCGACGCCUUGCGAGGUGUUUGGAUUGUCGUGUUGGGCUUCGCUGUGCUCGCUGCUACGGCCAGUGUUUUUGUGCGCGAGCAUAAGUUGUACUCCAAUCUAGCCCGCAAAUAGGGCGACUGUAAAUGUAUAUCUCGAUCGCAGACUUUAGAAUGUAGCAAUUCGGCAACACGUGCGUCUCUUAU